GAGAAGCACGGCUGGCAGCCAGACUGCUCAGAUAGAAUCCAGCACACAGUAACAGGUUUAUCUUAGAUGAUCAGGCGACACGAUUUAUUCCAUGUUCCGUGGCGUACAUUCCUCUGGGUCUAUUUCUAAAGGAUUAAAAUAAAGCGUAGGAUUUUAAAGAAGAAAGUUGUCUUGGAAAAGAACUCGGACCAUACUUGCAUAUACGGCAUACAGUAGGUUGGUGCAUUAUAUAGCACUACAGUGAUCUGUAGCAUUUCUGACUCGAAAUUAAUAUUAUUUUCCCCCAUUUCUUUGUUUGAAAAUUCAAUUCAGUCGAUAAAAAGUUUUGAGCAAAGGAUAUUUAAAACAACGCGAAGACGUGGCACGGGGAUGGGACGCCGUUUAUCUGGAUUUUUGCAUUCUCUGUUUGGUAAUUUUAACUCCUUUGGGGGAAGAUCUUCCGCGGCCAUGUGCCUCCUAGCUAAAUGCGUGAUGCUCUCGCAACUUCUGCUGUUAUCGGCGGAGGACGGCAGGGCGCUGCUGUGCGUGCCUUGCGACGCGUCCGGAUGCGCUGAGCCAAAGGCUUGCGGCGGCACGGUACUGGGCUCUUGUGGCUGCUGCGCCGGCUGCGCCAAGCAGAGGCACGAGAGCUGUGGAGGCUUCCGCGGUCUCAACGGGACAUGCGACCGCGGACUCCAGUGCGUUGUCGGGACGUCUCCGGACGGCGGUUCCGUCGAUGUCGGAGUUUGUGAAGAUGCAGCUUGGGAUGUCGAUCUGAGUUUGGGGUCUGGACCUUGCAGGGGAAGCCUGGUCAAAGGCUGUGAUCUGGUGGACAGGAAGUGUGUCUGUGGUCAGAAGUGGUCCUGUAGCAGCCCCUACUCCUUCCCCAGCUGGGACGCGUGCCACAUUGCCCUCCAGAGAACUGAAGAGCCCAGCGAUGAUAUUCUGGCACCCCCUGCUUGUGGAGCCUUAGAGAACUGCAAUCUGACAGAGAGGGACUGCGCCUACGGAUUUCAGCAGGAUCUGAAUGGCUGUCGCACCUGCCACUGCCGGACACGGAAGGCGCUGUGCAGAGAGAUGAUGACUGGCUGUGCCCUGAACUGCCCUUUCGGCUUCCAGACCGGAUCCCAGAGCUGCCCGGUGUGCCGCUGCAGGUUACGACCCAGGAAGUGUCAGCCAGCAGCCUGCGGCAAGCGCUGCCCUCACGGCUUCCAGAAAAACAGACACGGGUGCCACAUUUGUCGCUGUAAGACAUGUCCCGAGGUGACUUGUGACAAGGGCUGCCCAGACGGCCUCCGACAUGAUGCUCGGGGUUGCCCCGUCUGCCAGUGUAAAGCUCCUGCCUCCUCUUCUCCUGUUUCACACCCCGGUCACCUCUCUCCUCAUGGGCUCCGCUCAGACCUUGGCACAGCCGCACCCCUGUCCCUGGCUGUGGUGGGCCUCUGUCUGUCAAAGGAUGGCCGUCGGCAUGGCGAUGGUGAGACCUGGCACGACGGCUGCAGGGACUGCUACUGCCAUGAUGGCCAGGAGAUGUGCUCCUUGAUCUCCUGCCCCCCACUGGUCUGCCUCAGCCCCACCCUUCAGCCAGGCCACUGCUGCCCUUUCUGUCCAGGUGGCCCGCAGACUGAGCAGGAGACCAACAGACCCCUGUCGAGGAUCUUGCCAGUGUGCCUUGGCUUAGACAGGGAAUACUUUGCAGAGGGGAAGACCUGGAGCAUUGACUCCUGUACCCAGUGCACCUGCCUCCGUGGUCAGGUGUUGUGUGAGACCAAGGUGUGCCCGCCCCUUUUGUGCCAGCGGCCAAUCAGGACUCAGGAUUCCUGCUGUUCCCAGUGCCCAGGUGACCUCCUACCGGCUCCACGCCCUAGCAACAGUAGCUGCAGGGAUGAGGUAGGGGGCGUGUAUCGCGUGGGAGAGUCCUGGAGGCCCGACCCAUGUUCGAGCUGUGCCUGUGUCGAUGGGGCCAUCAAAUGCCUGGCGGAGUCCUGCCCGCCAGUCUCCUGCACGGACCCCGUGCUGCACAAGGGCCAGUGCUGCCCCUACUGUCUGGGGGACGUCGGUAGGAAGGCCGUGUGUCACUACGGUGGGGCUGCCUACACUGAUGAGCAGCGGUGGCACGUGGACGAGUGCACGCGCUGUUACUGCCUGCAGGGACAGACGCUCUGCUCCACCGUCAGCUGUCCCGCUCUGCCCUGCCGCGAGGCAGCGCGUGCGAGUGGCCGCUGCUGCCCCAUGUGUUCAGACAGUCUUUCCGCAAGCAAUUCCAGAGCUAUGGAAGUGCGACUAUGGGAUGACCUGAUGAAGCGACAUGCCCCGCCUCCAGGGGGUGCCCUUGUGGUACCUCUCAAUGGGGGGGAUGGUAGCCAGCAACACUUGGAGAGCCAGAUGCCAGGGGCCAGAGAGAACAGGCAUUUCAACCCAGCGGCCUGGAGUGCAUUACCCAUCCUGGUGGUAUUUAUCACCAUCGCCGCCCUCCUGGUCAUCAAUAAAAAAAAGAGACGGAUCGACAUUCUUUGCUUUUAUAGAAAUAAACAGGUAAUAUGGACGGACUACCAUGAGGGUCUCCAGACGGAUCCUUACCGCCCACUCCGCCAUGCUGACUAUAACUCGAGAUAUGGUGGCGCACGUGAGGUGCCAGAGCAGAACAACCUGCAAGAUGACGGCUUCUAUCAGACCGUGUGAUUGGACCAACGCCGAGAGGCCCAAUAUGCUAAAUAACUCUACCAUCAGAAAUAAAGCGAUAAAAGUACACUCGGAGACAGGGGACCAUACGUUGAGCAGAAAAUGAUGACGGGUAGCUGUGUCACAUCGUGAUAGGUGACAAAUGAGCCUGCCUUUCAUGAAGGUGACUCUGGGAACACCACCGGAUGGCUUCUAUCUCAUUUAUUUUGUCCUGGGAUGUAUGACGUCGAUCCGGCGGCUCCAAGAUCACAGACGUGCUUCAAAACAUAUGCAUCCCAGCUCCCGUUAAUCGGCACGGAAAGGUAAAGCUUCAUAUGUCUUCAAAGACAGAGCUGCCAAAGGUCUGACGCCUGAAGCAAACACGGUGCUUUGAAAUGUUCACUUUCUGGCCCAUUGCUGCCCAUCAUCUUAUGGCAGUAAGCAUGAUCCUGUUUAUGGUGGGGCUAUGUUCGAACGGCACGUCCGAUUGUUAAUUCCAUCGCAACCUUUCGUUACUUUAUGGUAAAGACUUAAAUAUGUCGGUUGGAGAAAAUCUAUCUAAUGUUCAGCUAAGAAUUUCACUAAAGUUUUACCUUUUUUCAGAUAUUUUACUGGUAUAAUUCCAGUUAAGUAGGCUACCUUACCCAGAACAAUGUAACAGGGUGCCUACUUAUCUGCAUACUAUUAUUGUCAAGGCAUCAGUGCUUCAAGUAAUUUAAUUUGACCAUGGCAGUCAUUAAUUGCAAAUUUUCACAAAUUUUCUUUGGUUUAAUAACACGUGCGUCAUUUGUAAUAGGAUUUAUCAUCAAACUUCACAUAAAUACAAACAUGCCUUCAGGAGAUGCAAACUUUUACUAUGCCAUAUUAACUUUAUAUCACGUUACCAAACUGUUCAAUAUAGAUUUUCUAUAAAUGUUUGUGAGAUUUUUAUUUAUGUAUUUAUUUUUGGUUAUAAUAUUGUGUCAGUAUUGCAGUUUUAACACUCGUGGUGUAAUACACACGCCAGACGAACAACACAGAGGAGGAAUAUGCAACAAUUUUGGUUCGAAAAUAAUUGUCGGAUGUAAUGGUAAUUAUUGCAUUACGUUACAAUUUUCAAUGACUGAAGGUACAAAUAGAAAUUUCAUAGUAAUAUUUCCCAGGUGUCCUCUGUGACAGGUAUGAAUAAUCAUGUUAAGACAGCAGAUAAUAGCAGAGAUAGGACCUAAUCAUAGAGCUUGUGCAGGACCUGUGUCAAUGACAGUUGAUAUUUCAUUCUGUGGAUCCUUUCUUAAAUGCCUGACACAAUGCAUACUUUUGACUUGCUAAAUGGAGGGUGGUGACAUGCCUUACUUUGAGAAGGGAAAGUGGCAUAGAUGUGUUUUAAUAUUUAUUUGAAUUUAACAUUUGUCAUAAUAUUUGUCAAAAGCUUAUCCCAGCCUGGAUUGAGAGUAGAACAAUAAAACGUCUUUCAAGGCUAA